AACGCGCUCAAGAUGGCGGCGCCGGCGGAGGCGGAGGUGGCCGCGGCCGCGGGCUUCACCGAGGCGGCUGAAGCCGCGGAACUGACCCGCGCGCUCGGCCGCCUGCUACCGGGGCUGGAGACGGAAAGUAAACUGGGACGGCGGCGCGCUCUGGAGGCUCUGGAGCAGGCACUGGAAGAGGCGGUGCGGCCCGGCGCGGAUUCCGCGGCCUUCCAGGGCCCCUGGUCCCGUCUGCUGCUGCCGCGCCUGCUGCGGCUUCUGAGCGAUCCGGCCGAGGGCUGCCGCGCGCUGGCCGCUCACCUGCUCGACCUUGGCCUGCGCCGCGCCGCGCGGCCCCGCGACGCUCUGCCGCGUCUGCUGCCCGCGCUCAGCGCACGCUUAGCCCGACCUGAACUCGCGCGGCCGCCGCCGGAGCCCUGCGAGGAGCUGCGUCUCGCCCUCGUGCAGCUGCUCCACCUCGCCGUGGACCUGGGCGGCGCCGCGCUCGCGCCCCACCUGGACGACGCCGUGCGCGCCUUGCGGGCCGCGCUGCUCGACCCCUUCGCUGCGGUGCGCCGGGAGGGCUGCGAGUGCGCAGCCGCUCUGGCCCGUGCCACUCCGGAGCACUUCCACAUGCAGUCGGAGUCCCUGAUAGGCCCCCUGAUGCAGACCAUCUCCCACCAGCACUGGAAGGUCCGGGUAGCCGUUAUCGAAGCCACGGGCACUGUGAUCCAGUUUGGCAGUGGGAACUCAGUGGAUGAUGUCCUUUCCCACUUUGCUCAAAGACUCUUCGACGACGUCCCUCAGGUCCGGCAGGCAGUGACCUCGGUGGUCGGGGGAUGGCUGCUGAAUCUCCGGGACCGCUACUCCUUCCUACACAAGCUCACCCCACUGCUGCUCAGCAGCUUCAGUGAUGAAAUGCCUGAGAUCCGGCAGACAGCCACCAGCCUGUGGGAGAAGGUCGGGCUGCAGUGGCAGCAGGAGAACGAGGCAGAUCUAAAGGACAAGCUGGACUUCGCCUCACCUCCUCCUCCCAACUACCCUGAGCACGAGAGCCGCCCUGGCCUGGGCUGCCGAGAGCUGGUCUUCAGGAACCUCUCCAAGGUGCUUCCUGCCAUCUGUCAUGAUAUCACCGACUGGGUGGUGGGGACGCGGGUGAAGGCAGCACAGCUGCUGCCGGUGCUGCUACUGCAUGCAGAGGACCACAUCACCCAGCACCUGGAGAUCAUCCUCAGAACCCUGCAUCAGGCGUGCACCGAUGAAGAGAAGGCUGUGGUCAGCAGUUGCAUAAGAGCCGCAGAGCUCAUUGGCACCUUUGUCAGCCCGGAAGUAUUUCUGAAACUGAUCUUAGCCAUGCUGAAGAAAGCACCCUCUGCCUCUGGCCUCUUGAUCCUCGCUUCUGUCAUCCGGGGCUGCCCCCGGAAUGCCCUCCAGCCACACGUCAAGGUCAUAGCCACAGAGCUGGCCCAGGAGCACAUCUGCCAGGGGUCUGAGAAUAAUCUCUACCUGGAGCAUCUGCUGCUGUGUGUGCAGGCCCUGCUGUCUGUCUGUCAGGAAGACUGUCGUGCUGCCAGCCUGCAGCUCCUGGAGGUGCUGGUGACAAUAAUGUCAGUCUCCAAUGCCGUGGGUCUUGAGAAGAAGGCCCAGAAGACCAUGGACACACUGGCUGAGGUGGAGGAUAUCCCCAGCAGUCAGGACCUCUACCGAAAGCAUGUGGGUGCACUCCUGGAGCGGCUGACAGCCUCGCAUGGCGAGUGGGCAGUGCACUCUGUGCAGUUGCUGAAGUUCACUGAGCUCCUCACCCAGGCAGGCCCGGCUGUGGGAGAAGCGCUGCAGCAUGUGAUCCCCACCCUCAGGGCCUGUCUCCAGCCCUCCACAGACCCACACAUGCGCCUGAAGCUCUUCUCGAUCCUGUCCACGAUGCUGCUGAGGCCUAAGGACACUGUCGAUUCUCAGGGACAGUUCCAUGGCUAUUUGGAUAUGGUAAUAAAUGACAUCCUAGCCCCCAACCUGCAGUGGCAUGCAGGGAGGACAGCUGCAGCCAUCCGGACGGCUGCUAUAUCCUGCCUGUGGGCACUCAUCAGCAGUGACAUCUUAUCGGCCAAGCAGGUGCAAGAGGCACAAGAGACCCUGAUGCCACAAGUGCUGGCCACGCUGGAGGACGACUCCCAGACCACACGCCUGAUGUCCUGCCGCAUCAUCAACAUGUUCCUCAAGAAUUCAGGGGAUACCAUGGAGCCAGAGAAAUUCCUCAAGGUCUAUCCUGAGCUCUUGAAGCGCCUAGAUGAUGUCUCCAAUGAUGUGAGGAUGGCAGCUGCUUCCGCCCUGCUCACCUGGCUCAAGUGCAUCGAGAGCUUGGAUGGGAAGUCCGCCUAUCAGAGUAGCGUUCAGUUUCUGUACCGGGAGCUGUUAGUCCACCUGGAUGACCCAGAGAGUGCCAUUCAAGACACCGUCCUAGAAGUCCUCAAGGAGGGCAGCGUCCUGUUCCCAGAUGUGCUGGUGCGGGAGACGGAGGCUGUCGUCCACAAACACCGCUCAGCUACCUACUGCGAGCAGCUGCUGCAGCACAUGCAAACCAUGGCUGCCGCUCGGUGACCGUGUGCAUCAGCUACUGAAGGCAGACAGUGGUGGCCUGCAGACCUCGCACUUAAGACACCGUGUCCAUGGCCUCGGGCCAUCCUUGGGCCCCUACCAGCCACCAGAUGGUGCUUGAGCAUCAGCUUCUGUGUUUCCUAAGCGGAUUUCUGGGGUUUUGUAACAUGCCUACUUUUCACAGAGGCCUCAGACAGCUAAAAUUAAAGUUAAAUCCCCCCCACCCCCACCAAACACACACACACACACAUGCCAGCUUCCCAAUUAGCUGCUUGAACAUAAUGUUUUUAUCACAAGCCCCAGGGGUCCUGGGCUGCUUUCAGAUUCACCAUAAUGCUCUUCACAUUGCAGGAAAGCCAAACGAUUGUAAAACAACCAACCAUCCACUUCCUCUGGGCUCUGUCCCAUCAUCCUGUGCUGAGGACAAUGUCCAGUCUUGACUCAUUGAUAAAGUUUCUCCCAACUAUUUUGGUAUUUGACACAGGGUUUUCUCGGUGAGGCUUUGGCUAUUCUGGAACUCUCAGAGAUCCACCAGCCUCUUCCUCCCCACACUGAGACUGAAGACUGCACCACUACCACCCUACUCCUCCCGGUGUUAAACACACUGGGAUGCCUUGCAGUGUGGGUGCACUGUCCUGGGGUGCCCGUGGGUAAAGGAUAGACUAGGAAACCAGCCUUCAUCCCUACCACUUGCUGUAGCAGGCAGUAAGGUGGCCAUCCUCCAGUGUCUUUUCCACCAAGUGCCUAAAGAUUUCUAUGUGGUUCUUAGCCGCAGCCUGUAUUUUUGUUAAGACAAUGUUGGGGAGGGGGGAGGGUAUCCAACAAAUUUUAACAUUUCUGCUUUGCCAUUUAUGGAAUUAAAUUAUUUAUUGUAGUUAUU